AUGUCAUACAAGACCGAAUGGAUUCUGGAUCUACCGUUACUUAAGCAUAGCCAUACCAUAUUUAAAAAAGACUUAUAUAAUGCAGUAUAUCAGUUUCGUCUCAAAAACAGCCCUGGUGAUUCAGAUGCAUCUCAAAUGCUCCAAACGCUGUUAAAUUGGAAAGAUUUGGAUCUAUUAUGGACUGUUAAACCACGCUUAGAACUUUCUACAAGAAAGUUAAAUCAUUUAUUAGCUAAUCAUCAAAGAUCUGAAUCUGCUAUAAAAGCUGAACAGGCUGCAAAGGAAGUACUAAUUAUUUGUGAAAGAAACCAAACUACAUUGGUUGAAAUCAAUGAACAAGUAUUACGUAAAACAUUGCAAGAUUCAUGGUGGCAGGUAGUAAUAACAAAUUAUUCUAUUAGAAUGUAA